AUGGCUCGCGAGGAGCUCAUCUCCUCUGCAGUCACCUGUACGCAUUCUGUCAAGUCCCUUAUUCUGAGCCGGAUCCUCCAAGAUCCCUCAGUGGCCUCCGCGCCCUUGGACAAAAAGAUUGCUUUCCUGCAAUCCAAAAACCUCACGAAAGAAGAGAUUGAUAUUGCUUUUGCGAGAACAGGCGAAGAGAAAACUUCUACGCCCGUCGUGUCGAAUCAAACCGGCGGAUAUGCACCCCAGCAGCCUCGACAGAUUGCUGUGAAUCAGGGCUAUUCCUAUGGACCGAAUUCAUGGCAGCUCCAAGCACCUCCGCCAGAGCUUCCCAGACGGGAUUGGCGAGACUGGUUCAUCAUGGCGACAGUGGUUGGUGGUGUUGGUUACGGUCUGUACGUUGUAGCAAAGAGGUAUAUCGCGCCACUGAUAGCACCUCCAACCCCACCUCAACUACAACAAGACAAAGAGAGUAUCGACGAGCAAUUCUCGCGAGCAUUCGCACUGCUAGACCAGUUAUCAUCAGAUACAUCAACACUAAAGGCCACAGAGGAUGCACGAACGGAGAAGCUGGAUACUACUCUACGAGAAGUAGAGGACGUAGUUACAGAACUGAAAAGCUCCUCUCGUCGACGAGACGACGAAACCAGACGUAUUGCCGAGGAAGUCAGAAAUCUAAAAGACGGAAUUCCGAAGGCGAUUGAAGGCUCAAGGGAAGGAAACGAAAAGCGCCUCAGAGAGCUGGGCGCGGAGUUGAAGAGUUUGAAACUCUUACUCGGGAACCGCCUGGGCGCCAAUCCCAGUGCUGGUGCGACCCUUGCAAGCCCAGCCUCGCCAAAUCCGGAGACAAAUGGAGCUUCAACUGGCGCUCAAGCACCACCAACUAACCCCAUCUCCUCCCCCGCUCCACCAAACUUCUUCGCAUCAGUACCUGCACCUAAAGAUCCAUCGAAAAGUCCAUUCGCUUCACUAGGUAAACCCGCAAGCAUCCCUGCGUGGCAAAUGGCUGCCACAAGCAAGUCGAAGCCUGCUGCAUCGACGCCCCCAUCCACCGACGAUGUUGAGGGGAGCUCUAGUGCCGGUGCAGAUACUACUACAGCCAACGCCCCCCCAAGCUAG